AGGAAAAAAUUAAUGAGGUCAUUCAGUGCUGUGUGUGUGUGUGUGUGUGUGUUAGUCUGAUCAGUAAAGAUGACUGGUGCUUCCUUUUCUGUUGUUACUGAUUUCAUAGGCUAGAUUUUAGAACUUUUUUCUAGGUAUUUCCAUUGUUUCCCAUGUCAAAUUCCUCAACGUCCUCUAGUAACCCGGGCUGUGGGACCCUCCCACUUAAACAUGGGCAGGCGGAAUGACUAUGCAUGCUGCUCAGUGCAGCGGCAGACUCCAGUCACAGAAAAAGUUAAGACAGCAGCACGUCCACACGUUGCAUCCAUUAUCUGCACUUUCUCAGCUCUCAUGGCUCCAUUAAUGCUCCUGUUCUUCCUUCUGUCUGAAGCAGCAUCUGACGUGAUUGUGGUAACAGUGCGCCCUGGCCAGGAUGUCACUCUGCCAGGUAAGGUUGCAGAUUUCCCCAUCAGUGUUGUAAAGUGGAGCAGACCUGACCUGGAGCCAGACUACGUCCUCUUAACCAUCGAUGGACACCUGGAUCCAACAUACCAGCAUCCAUCCUUUAAGGACAGGGUGGACCUAUUGGACAGAGAUAUGAAGGACGGGAACGUGUCUUUAAUUCUGAAGAAUGUGAGCAGCAUCGACAACGGAACAUACGAGUGUCGAGUUAAACCAGAUGAUUCAAGACGUAAAAAGAGAGCCAUCAUCGACUCUGAGCCAAUCACGAUCAUCCGUCUGCUGGUUACAGAGCCAGCAGGUGAGUGAGUCUCUCUCAAUCAGAGGAGCGCACACUUCACACCAGACCUACACAUUGGAUUGGCUACAGCAGGUGCACUGCUUCUUUUAGUUCUUGUUGCAGUGUCUGUUGGCCUGAUAUAUAAAAGGUGUAUGGGCGACAGACCCUAACCACCUCCUGCUGCAGUAGGAGACUGGGGUUUAAAGGAGAUCAGACUUGUUGGUGAGUUUUGAGGCGGUGCGAGAGUCCCGAACAGGAAACAGGAAACAUCCCUGCCUCUAUCGCUGCCACAAGAACGUUUCAAAACACCAAACACAAGAAAUGAACUGCCCGGGAAUUUGUGGAACAGCUGGCUGUUUCCUCGGUCCUCCAUCUCUUUUUGGUGAAAGAACAAAACGGGACGUCACACAAAUGAGCCAUUUCAGAGACACUCCUUCCGCCGCACCAGUCUGCGGAGAAUCACCGGAUCGUCUCAUUUGGUCUGAACGCAGCUUCAUUGUGGCAGAUAUGCAGCUGUCAAUCACUACUGAGCCUGUUUGUAACCUGUAGGCUACAGACGUGAUUUCACCUGUUAUAUACCACAUAGUAUAUACAUACUACUAUGUUGCUAGUAUGUACAUACACACAUGUGAACUCACCAUAGACAGUUGCCUUGUGCAGGGAAACGCUGGACUGGAUAUUUGGGCUUAUUUCAAAAAUCGUGGAACAUUGAUGUAUGAAAUUGCCAAUUAGAUUAAUUUAAUUAUUAAUCAAAGAUGCCAGAACCACUUUAAACCCUGCUUGAAGGAUAAUUCUGCUUCAUCCUCUCAUUGAAGUGUCACCUUUGACCACUGACCUAGUGUUUGUCACAUUUUGGCACGGGGAGGCAGGGGCCUCCCUAAUUUGCGGGGCCCUAAACGCACUUUGCAUGGUAUGUCUAUAGGGCGGACCAGCUCCGCUGGGACCUGUGUUGCCUCAACCCGUUCUCACGCAGAACUCGUAAAAUAUGGACGCUUGGACAGUGUCUAAAGUUUGUAGAACGUACCAGGGAGAGCAGCAGCUACACAGGGUUUAGCGAGUAGUAUGUAACGCCGAAAUUCUGCACAUGGAGGUUGGUUGGGGGGUGGUGGAUGGGUCAAACACAGGACUUUCACCCAGGAGACAGAGGAUCGUCUCCCGCAUGGCACCUUUCCUAAAUUCGCUUUCUUCUUUAACCGUCGCGAAGCGUAAACCCACCCACAAACUUUUUCCUUAACAUAACAGCGUCAAAAUGGAUGCCAAUAGUCCCGACCAAGUGCGUUUAGUUAAAGUGCGUUAUAUGACGCUAAAGGACACUUUUAGCGUCUAUAACAAUGACAAAGGCAACUGACCAAGCGUCCGUAUUUUACGAGAUGGAAGUGAGAAUCUGUUGGUUGCUUCGGCUUUGAUGUAGAGUGUUUGCCACAAGGUGUCCUUGAGCAAGACAUUGAACACCCAAGUCGCUCCCCGGAUCCCAUUUGCUCCUAAAACUUAGGAUGGGUUAAUAAAACAAUAAAUAAAAAUGAAUAAAGUUCGAGAUGA